AGGCCUACUUUUUUAUGCUUUAAUAGCUGCUAUUAAGGCCUACUUUUAAGGAGCUAAUUGGAAUUUUAAAUUAUACUUAGGAAUUACUUUUACUAAAACUACAUUUAUGUUUUGUCUGUUUCCGUGUAGUGUGCACAGAUUAAAAAAAUUAGUUUCCCCCAAUUUUAUCCAGUCUUUUAUUUUGAAAGCCUUCAAUCGGAAGUGGUUGUGGUAGCAAAUCUUAUAAUUAUCUUAAUGUACGGUUUUAGUGCCGAGUCCCGUUUGCUACAAAAUUACAGAUCUACAUUUGUUGAUCGGAUUGCGUUCCAGGAGGGAACAUAUAGAUCAUGUUGGUCCCCAUUUUCACCCUCAAGCUGAGCCAUAAAAUUAACCCUCGCAUGAUGACUGUAGGAAAAUUUGACGGGGUCCACCCGUGCCUCACUGCAGCCACACAAGCCGGAAAGGUUUUUAUUCACAACCCUCACACUCAUGCUCAAAAACCUGCAUCUCACCGACUGAGCCAAAGCACUCAAGAUUUGGACAUCUCUCUUCUCAACAUCAACCAUGCAGUCACUUGUCUGACUGCUGGUGCUCUGGGCCCAAACACUGCUGGUGACACACUGUUGGUAGGAUCUCAGACCAACCUACUGGCCUAUGACGUUCAUGACAAUACAGAUAUAUUCUACAAAGAGGUGUCUGAUGGGGCUAAUGCAAUCGUUCUGGGAAAACUUGGGGACAUCCCAAAUCCUCUUGCCAUCAUUGGAGGCAACUGUGCCUUACAAGGUUUUGAUUAUCUAGGCAACGACCUCUUUUGGACUGUUACAGGAGAUAAUGUGAGAUCACUUGUGCUCUGUGACUUCACUGGGGACGGCAAAAAUGAACUCCUGGUUGGAUCUGAGGAUUUUGACAUCAGGGUUUUCAAAGAGGAUGAGCUUGUCUCUGAGAUGACUGAAAAUGAGACAGUAACAUCACUGUGCCACAUGCACAGUUGCCGAUUUGGUUACGCCCUGGCAAAUGGCACUGUGGGAGUCUAUGAUCGCAAUUCUCGGUACUGGAGGAUCAAGUCCAAAAAUCACGCAAUGAGCAUCCAUGCCUUUGACUUGAACGCUGAUGGGGUUGUGGAGCUCAUCACUGGCUGGUCUAAUGGAAAGAUUGAUGCUCGAAGCGACCGCACAGGUGAAGUCAUUUUCAGAGACAACUUCUCCUCCUCUGUGGCCGGAGUCGUGGAGGGAGACUAUAGGUUGGAUGGGCAGAAACAACUUAUAUGCGCCUCUGUAGAGGGAGAAGUUCGCGGCUACCUGCCUGCUGGAAAAGAGCUGAAAGGCAAUCUUAUGGACUCCAGUGCUGAACAGGACCUCAUUAGAGAGCUGAGUCAUCGCAGACAAAAUCUACUUUUGGAGCUCAGGAACUAUGAAGAGAACACUAAGGGCGAGUCAGACACCACAGGUGGGAUUCCAGCCAACACUCAGCUCCAAACAGCGCUCACUGUAAGAGCUGCAACUGAGCUCCAAAAAGCCCAUGUGGAGCUCAGCAUCACAACACCCAAUGAAACCAUAAUCCGUGCAGUGCUCAUCUUUGCAGAAGGCAUUUUUGAGGGUGAGAGCCAUGUUGUUCACCCCAGUGUCCACAACCUGUCAGGUGGCAUCCGAGUCCCCAUCAUCCCUCCCAAGGACGUGCCAGUAGAUUUGCACGUUAAGGCCUUUGUGGGUGGGAAAACCUGCACCCAGUUCCACGUUUUUGAAAUCACUCGACAGCUGCCCCGUUUUUCCAUGUAUGACAUCGCCGUCGACCCCUCAGCUCCUCCUCCCACGGGAAGAGUCACUUUCACCAUCAAUGACAGGCCACAGAGGGUCGCAAUGUGGCUGAAUCAAAACUUUCUUCUACCUGAGGGUGUAGAUAGUCCUGAUGUUACUUUUAAUUCACUCCGGGGAGGGGGACUGCUGUCCAUCGUUAUGACCGCAAACGGACAGAUCACUCUGCAAACAGACGACAUCGACCUGGCAGGAGAUCUGAUCCAAUCACUGGCCUCUUUUCUGGCAAUCGAGGAACUCUCAGCAGAGGCAGACUUCCCAACAUAUUUUGAGGAGCUUCAGACUACGCUCACUGAGGUAGAUGAGUUCCAUGCUGUCCAUCAGAAAUUAACUGCAGAAAUGGCUGACCACUCCAACUACAUCAAGAACAUGCUGGUGCAAGCAGAGGAUGCUCGCCUAAUGGGUGACCUGACUUCUAUGAAGAAGCGUUACAGAGAGCUAUACGACCUAAACCGAGAUCUUCUCAGCGAGUACAAAAUUCGCUCCAAUAAUCACAAUGCUCUACUCGCCUGCCUCAGGUCUGUCAACCAGGCAAUCCAGCGAGCUGGUCGUCUCCGAGUGGGUAAACCCAAGAACCAAGUCAUCUCAGCAUGUCGAGACGCCAUCAAGAGCAAUAAUGUCAGCGCACUUUUGAGGGUCAUGAGAGCUGGAGUGGCCGCCUCUUGAAAGUGAUGCAAGAAAGGCAAUUAACACAAAGAGUCGGAAUUGCCACUUUAAACAAUCUAUUUAUCCUUCACCAGCACAAAGAUAAGAAGGCAAUGGAUUGUGGUGUUGCCUGCCAAGAUAAUUCAACACGAUCCAACAAUCAUGAAACUUGAAUGUGUGCUAGAUUGGGUUGCUGAGAUCCCCGGGGUCAGCCGAGCGCUGUGUGUAGUUAGUGUGGCUGCUUUUUUAAACCCAAGAAGAAUGUGUAUGAGACAGCAGCUAGAACAGAAAACUGUUCAAACGGUUCAGUGUAGGAACUGGCUAGUACAAUUUUUGAGAGGUAAUGCUGAGAAUCAAGCAUCACAUAAAUUAUUUUAUUUUAUUUUUUGCUGAUAAGUGAAAAAUUUUGACAUGAUGGAGCAUUAACAUUUGAAUUCAAUCACAAAGGGAAAAAUGUUUUUAUGGAGCUUCAUUAUAUUGUCAUCCCAAAUAUUCAAAAUAUUGUCUUCAAAAGAGAGGCAACACAAAGAAAAUAAAUUAAUUAUUUAAUAUACAGGUGCCAUGAUGGAACAACUGUUAGGGCAUUGACCUCACAGUUCUGAGGACUGGGGUUCGAAUCCCAGCCCCGCCUGUGUGGAGUUUGCAUGUUUUCCUCGUACCUGUGUGGGUUUUCUCCGAACACUCUGGUUUCCUCCCACAUCCCAAAAACAUGCAAUAAUAAUUGGACAUUCUAAAUUCCCCCUAGGUGUGAUUGUGAGUGCGGCUGUUGUCUGACUCUGUGUGCUCUGCGAUUGGCUAGCAACUAGUUCGGGGUGUACCCUGCCUACUGCCCGCAGAUACCUGGGAUAGGCUCCAGUCGUCCUGCAACCCUUGUGAGGAUAGGCCGCUCAGAAAACAGAUUUCGAAAGCACUCAAUCUGAUUAUUUUGAAUACUUCUCCAGCCUACCAUGGGCAUAUUUGCGCAGUGAUUGCUGUAUUGUGUGAUACAUUAACCAGCUUUAUCAUCUUUAUUUCCUAGCUGGUUUUGUUUUUCCAGCUGUAUGACGUGUCAUUAGUCAAAAAAAUGAUGCAACUUUGUGAGGGAAUUUCUAGUUCCAAUGAGCAUUUCAAGUAAGUUUUAGAAGUUAUUUGUGAGGUAAGCCGAAGGCCCGUGUUGUGUUGCACAUUUGUAAAAAAAAUGCUUAAUCAUGGCUCAAUGACGUAUACUGUAUUCUGACCACAACACCCCCCCCCAAAAAAAAAAAGGAAAAAAAAACAAGCACUGACUUCUGCCGACUCAGGCACAUUUUAAGAGUGGGAGGCCCAUUGGGAGCAACGUUGUAGUGGUGUACAUAAGCAAAAUGUGUUUGUUGUCAACGAAAACAUGUAUGACUUCAAUGUCAUAGAUAACCGUUGGUUUACUUUUUUAGAUUACAAAUUUGUUAUAGUCCUUUUGUGAAGAUUAAAUUAAGCAAUGUUUUAUAUUUUGUGUAACUGGUCCAUAACUCUGGCGAGGCAUCCUAAAGAGAGACAUUUCUUUUUCCAAUGAUCUGGCUCACUCAGUGGUUUCUUUCACUGUUGGAUGCGUUGCGACGUGGGGAUGAGUGUGCAGGAGGAAAGCAAUGUGUUCUCUAAUAAGGCCAGUAAAAAAUUAAGCAUUCUCCUCCCUUGCUGGCUUUCCUCUUUUUGUUUAAUCAACAUCUGUGAAUCACAUGUGGCAUGGCACAGCUGCACUAGACCAGCCAGACUUCCUGUUGCCUACAUUCUGUCCAAGAGCAAACUUUGUCACGACUAGAAGAGGAAGAUCAUCGUUAGUAGUCCAGUACACUGAUGAUGUUCCAUUCACAUAGGACUGCAAUGGAUCAAAUAUAUAUAUAUAUAUAGCCUUUUUGCAUAGUUUCCCCGCGUUGAAAUUUACGAUCAUCAAAGAAUUGUAAAUAUCUGACAAAUAUAGCCCAAGUACACAUAUAAUGUAUUUUUAAAGGGCAAUGGUUUUUUUUUCCCAUUGAGGGAACAAUGUUAUUCAAAGUUUACUGGGCUCUGUGAGAAAAUAAAUUCCUGCACAGUAAGUAAUUGACAUCUAAAGGUAUGGGAAGGAUUACAAAAGCCAUUUCUAAAGCUUCAGGAUUCCAGCAAACUGUACAGAAAGUCAUUAUCCUCACAUGGAGAAAACGUGGAACAUUUGGUGAACCCUCCCAGCAGUGGCCAGCCUACAAAGAUUUCCCCAAGAGAGCAGCAAUAACUCAUCCAGGAAGCCCCAAAGGAAUUUUGGACAGUUUCUAAAGAACUCCAGGCCUUGCCUCAGUUAAGGUUCAUGACAUAACACCGAGGAAGAGACUGGACAAAAAUGACAUGCAAUGCAGAGUUACAAGAUUGUUAAGUUACAAGAUGAAAACCACUGCUUACCAAAAAGAACAUAAAUGCUUGUUGUAUACUCCC